AUGGGAAAGAAGUCCAAAGCCCCUAAGCUGCCCGAGACCUGUCUCGAUGUUCCGCAGGUGGGAUCGCUGGCCGGUAUUCAAGUUACCCCCAUCUAUGACACACAUACUCAUUUACACUCCACAUUCGAGGCCUACCGCAAGGAAUACCCUGAAGGCCGAUACACAACGAUACCAGAAUUUGUAAAAGGAUACUACACACGAGCCACUGAACAAAGCCAAUCCAUCCAUAUUCCCGUAAAAUCCCUUGUCGACGUAUGGUGCGAGGCUCCUAUUCUCAAGGAAUGGCGUACGUUGGCAGAUUCAGCCCUGACCCCCGAGUCACGCGCAGAGAAGUGGGGAGAUAUUGAGUAUCAUUUUGUCAUGGGCGUACAUCCUCACGAGGCACAAUACUACAACGAUGAAGUAGAAGCUGAGCUGCUGGAGGCCAUGAAGCAUCCACGGAAUGUAGGCCUGGGAGAGAUAGGACUUGACUAUCACUAUAAUAACUCGCCUCAAGAUGUCCAGAAAGAAGUGCUAGUUCGGCAAAUCAAGCACGCUAUCAAUCUUGGAAAACCGCUCACCAUCCAUACACGAGAAGCCGAUGAUGAUAUUUGGGAUAUCCUUUCUAACAAUGUUCCAAAGGACUGGAAGAUCCAUAUUCACUGUUUCACUGACUCUCCAGUUCUCGCCAAAAAACUCCUGGACCAUUUCCCAAACUUGUACAUCGGAAUAACCGGUGUUAUAACAUACUCAACCAACGAGAACACGGCUGCCGUCGUUCGGAUGCUCGCUACUUCUGCACCGGUCGACCCAUCUCGGUCUCCAUUGCGAAUUUUGCUCGAGACCGACGCACCAUAUAUGGUCCCCGCUAAUUUGACCAAACACCAGCAGCAGACGAUGGGGCUUAAGUCCAAUGCGCGAAUGCCGCUCUGUCACGCGGGGAUGAUCCCAUGGACAGCGGAAUUUGUUGCAAGUGCAGCAAACCAGGGUGUCGUAGACCAGGUAGUCAAGGAAGUAGAAAACGGUGGAGUAAAAGAGGUAGAAGGUGCUUCGGAGGCUAGCGACAAGAAAGUAUGGACGGCCGCGGAGGUGAUGAAGAUCGCGAGGGAGAAUGCUAAACAUGUUUAUGGAGUUUGA